AUGGCGAAUCUGCUUGUGCGUUUUGCGGCAAGGGGUGUUUUUUCUGUGUCUCUGUUUUUCGUUUUCCUCCUUCCGUGCAUCUCCUCCUCACCUUGGUCCUCUGGCACUCUCGCAUCCUCCAACGCAGCCCCAGGCACCACUACUGUGGUAGAGCCGCAGAAUGGCCAGCUUGUCCAGCCAUUCCACAUGUACGGGGAUAUAAAGAGUGUAAAUGAGGUGGAUCUUAAGGCGAGUACGAAGUGGUUGAAGCAGCAUUCUCACCUCUCUCUGUUAAAGCUUGCCCUCCCCGCAACGUAUAUGAGCACCCUCACGGAUGUUAACACUUCAAAGUACGCGGGCAAAGUGGAAGCGCAAGACCAGGGAGUCCUCAAUCAGCUUGAGGACGGGGUGAGGAUAUUGGAUGUUAGACUGUGGCGAGGCACGAGUACUGAAAAACAGACAAAUAGGCAAACCUCAGCAUGGUUCACAGAGGUUCCGUGGCGCUUGUCCGAUGAUAUGGAGGUUUUGCGCAGCGUUGUUAAUGCAUCGUCUACCGGAGGUCUCCCUGCUGCAGCGGAAGCGGCCCUAGAGGUGCAUGGCAGGACAGAACUUGCUGACGGUCUGUUCAAGCCUGUGCGACAGUUCCUUAGAGAGUCUCUAAGCGAAGUUGUAGUUGUUGUCUUUUCAGCGGUCAACGGAAAUGUGCACACCAACCGGAACUCAAUUGCCAGUGGCUCCGAGCUAGGGGAGUCCCUUACCCAUGCAGAUAAACAACUACAGACCUUCUUGAAAAGUGGACUUCCAUACAGUGAUGAGACUGACACCAAGAUUGCCGCCAAUGCCGCUCGGGCCUCUCAAGCGGUGCGGAUGCCGACCAAUUCGGCGUAUCGCAGUCCCCUGCUCGACAGUUUUGUUAAAAAGGACGUCUCCUUUUUCGAUUUUGCAGAGAUAGCUUAUUUGGUUGACACUUAUUGGGGCCAGCUGUUGCCCCGACACACGAGCUCUUUUGUAAAUGCGAGCCUUCAGACACGCAACAUGCGCGAUAGUGCGAAAGACGCUGAAGGGUUCAGGCAGUGGCAGCGGAAGAAAGGGGAGGCGCUGAUGAAGAAGAGCAUAGCUGAUCUUCGGGAUGCUAAUAUCCGCCUGUUGCUGUUGGUGGAUGACCCACUCCUUGCUUGGUUCAUUACUACCCGCUCUAGGUCUCAGGUCGUGGCGUUCGUCAAGGCGGAUCAUUUGUAUGAUGUGUCUUUUAAAUCGGAGGCACAAUUUGCUCCCUGUGCUACUCCCCAUGUCUCUUUAAGCGGCCACCCGACAAUGAGCCGGUCAAUCGGUUGGCCGAGUUGCCGUAGUUGGUGCGAAGGUGUGGGUCAAAGCAAGUGCUUUGCAUGGACUUGGAGGCUGGAUCAGACCCCACAAUUUGUGCGCACUGCUAACAGCCGGAGGGAGGGAGAACUUGGAAGCAUUUGGGAUGAGCAGUCAGUCGAAGUCAUAGGACAGUGCCAGCUAUUCACUGCAGGGCGCCGCCAGCUCUCAUUUGAAGCAAUUACUCAAGCGGUGAAAUGCUCAGAUACUAACCUCAUUGAAUCUGAUCUUCCGUGGACACCCAAGGCGGUCAUGAAAGACUUGCUAGAGUCUGUCGCUCCUCUGGUGCCGGUUGAAAUUUCUUCAACCCAGAGGAGGCGCAGUAUGAGGAGGCUGGCCAACGUGCGGUUCGGGCUAGACUCCACGGUCUGUAUGCUAACUACAGGCUCAAACAGCGGUCAUGAGAUGAAGUAUAACAUAUCCAAUAAACUUAUUAGGGUUUUGGUUGCCCCUCCCACUCCGGAAGUCCGGAUAGAGGCAAUGCCGAAGAGAGCACAUGGGAGCCCUGGUGAGGUGGUACAGCAGUUCAACGCGACUCUGGCUGAGUUCCUCCAGGCUUUGCGCUCACGUUACAAGGUUUUGCAAAUACACAGAGUCAAUAUUCGACCCGUAAAUGCUUUCCAGGUUGCGAAGUACGACAAAAUUCAGAGCGCAUUGGAGCCUUUCGCCGCUGCGACGUUCUACGACCACAUCGCCAUCCUAAACCGUCAAGAAACUGCUAACUCCCGUCUCCUGGAUCUUCCAGUAAGCCUCUUGUGCCUCUUUUACGAGUCUGCAAAUUAUCCGGUAGCAUCACCAGCAGUUGAGCAUCAUGUCAAUCGGGACGUGUACGUUGCUUUGUGGUUAUGCGUCAUCUGCCUGAUAGCAGCUUUUGGAUUCUGUGUUUUCAUCAGUACUUUCUGGUGCAAUAUCGACUUCGGUAAUGCCUGUCUAAAAAUGUUUCACCCCAGGACGGCUGGAUCUGUCACCCCGGGGCCAUCAGGGGUUUCCAUGGGUAGUUUCAAUCUCACAGACACGCGAAAAUACUUGGUAAGGCCGCAGGGAAACUGGCCAUAUCUUGCAUCUAGAUUAGCGCUCCUACGCCCUACGCCGGGACCCCCUCUCCAUGGUUUGCCUACAUGGGCAUGUGGUGGUAAAGAGGGUUUUAUUACGCAAUGCGGCAAAUGCAUAGCGGACUCACAGUGUGAAUCCGGGCUUUUCUGCUGUCCGACUCUGAGGGUCUGCAUGCGCAGCAGAACAGACAAGUGUCACAAGCCGUACAACGUGUGCAACAGCGCCUUCAGAACUCGCAGACCUGAAUAUGCAGACGCGGUCACGUGGGCCAGGGAAUGCGAGGGGCCUUCGAUCACAGAGUGGCUAACUUGUCCUUAG